AUGCGGCGUCAUGUUCCCGAUCACCAACAGCUCACAGCGCCGCUACUGAGCAAGGAUUUGGCCCAGCCGAUGAAUGAGCGAUCCGAAUAUGGAACUCAAGGUCCAAAUCAAACCAUCGCCUUGGAUUUUCCUCCGGCAAGCUGGACAUGGGCCAAACCAUACAGUGGCAAGCAGUCUCUGCCUCAAACCAUCGCACAUAGAGGCUUCAAGGCCGAACACCCUGAAAACACCCUGGACUCUUUCAAAGGUGCCGUGCAAGUUGGUGCCCAUGCACUCGAGACUGACAUUCAUUUGUCCAAGGACAAUGUGGUUGUUCUCUCUCACGACGCAGAUCUGAAGCGGUGCUUUGGCGAGAAAGAAAAAAUAAUCGACUGUGACUGGGACUAUUUGAGUACCCUUCGCACGACCAAGGCCCCUCACGUACCUAUGCCACGUCUCCGAGACUUACUUGAAUACGUUGCGCAGCCGGGCAUGGAGCAUAUUUGGCUGUUGCUCGAUAUCAAAUUGGACAACAACUCGGACGAUGUAAUGAGACUGAUAGCACAAACCCUGGCGUCGGUGGAUCCUGGUCAACAGGCCUGGAAGGAAAGGGUGGUUCUCGGCAUCUGGGCUGCCAAAUUCCUGCCUCUAUGCAUGAAAUAUUGCCCAGGAUACCCGAUAUCACACAUUGGAUUCUCGACCAUCUACGCCAGGCAGUUCCUGAAGGUCCCGAAUGUGUCGUUCAACAUGCUACAGAAGAGCCUUUUUGGUCCUUUGGGUGCCCGAUUUAUGAGCGAUGUACACAAAGCCAAUCGCCCGCUCUAUGCUUGGACUGUCAAUGACCCCAAUCUCAUGAAAUGGUGCAUCCAACACAAUAUACAGGGAGUCAUUACGGAUGAUCCUAAAACAUUCAAGAAGAUUUGCGACGAGUGGGACGAGCAAAGAGAACCAGAAGCCAAAAUCACCUGGGUCCAGUGUCUCUACACAUUGUGGGUAUGGAUUAUGAUCGCAAUUUUCUCAAGACGCUUCAGGCGCAAAUUCCCAGAGACGGUGGAGCAUUUCAUUCAACAGAAUAAUCUGAGAUUGAAAUCUGUCGACACCAUCAAGGAGUAA